AUGACGAACGCGACGAAAGGUGAAGUGAUGCCGUCCAUUAUCAUCGGUGGUGGACGCGUCGGGCAAGCGUUGAGGGAUAUGGGCGUCGAGGGCGACGUCGUCGUGCGCCGAGGCGAGGCGUUUCCGAGCGAGCCCAAGACGGGGCCGAUUUACGUCGCCACUCGCAACGACGUGCUGGAAGAUGUGAUCAAAAAUUGUCCGGCCGACCGCAGAGAAGAUUUGGUUUUCAUGCAAAACGGGAUGCUGCAGCAGUUUCUCGAUGCGCAAGGUCUUGGGGCGAACACUCAAGCGCUAAUUUAUUUUGCGGUCGCCGCUCUCGGCGACAAGCCAACCGACGGGGUAACUGAGUUAAACCCCGAAGGUCUCACGGCGGCGACGGGCAAGUGGGCCGACGCCGUCGCCGCGCGUUUCCAUAACGGUGAUUUGAGUUGCCACGUUUUAGACGCUCCGACGUACGAAGGUUCCAUGUACGAGAAAUUGAUAUGGAUUUGCGCGAUGAUGCUGGUCGGCGCUCAACACGAAGGCGCCAAGGUUGGCGACGUCGCGACGACGUACAAAGAUGAAGUCGUGGCUUUGAUCGAAGAAUUGUUGUCUGGUACUACCGCGUGCACUGGGGCGAAAUUCGCCCCCGGAGCCGUCGAUCGACUGAUCGCGUACGCAAAGACUGUCGCACAUUUCCCGUGCGGCGUCAAGGAAUUUCCUUGGCGAAACGGUUACUUCUACGGCUUAUCCGAAAAAGCGAUCGCAGAUGGUAAAUCGGACCCGUUCCCGACUCACACCGCGCUCCUGAAAAACAUCGGUGCCAUUUAA